CAAACAAAUCUAUUUUAUGGCACUGCUGAUUUCCCAGAUGCUGUUGGAGCCAGUUAUGGCACAGAUGAACUCAGGCACUGGUGGAACAUACAGGCAAACGGUGAGGUGCCAAGAGAAAUCUGACGUACAACGGAGGCCUGAGUUUAACAGAACUAACUGUGCAGAUUUAUUGAACUAAAUUAAAAUAUUCAAAAUACCUUGGCGUGAACCUAUAACCUCUGAAUUAUUAGCCCAGACCUCUGCAUUACAAGUUCUGGAAGAAUGCCUUGCGGUGGGCUUGGUCACUGAGUACAGCAGCACUGAGGGAAAGGGCUGCCCGCUUCCCACCCUUGAUGUUGCUCCAUGUCGUGUUCUAUUACAAUGUGACGGAUGGUUAACAUUCUGUGUGUAGCUAAGUGUUAUGCUUGCUAAGUGUUCAAAACUGUGUGAAAACAUUAAGCUUCCAGCACCAAAGACACGUACUGGCAACAAAAAAGACUGAAAGCUGCUUAAAACAAUUGAAAUGACUGGAUUUCAAACGGAAAAAUCACGGACCUGUAUAAAGUAUCUCAUGUUCCUGUCCAAUACUUUAAUUUUUACAGGAGGGAUAUGUCUGCUGGGAGUUGGCAUCUGGGUUACAACAAACCCCAAUGGCUUCAAGAACAUUGUGACUGCAAACCCAUUCAUCUAUACUGGGGCUUACAUCAUCCUGUCAGUCGGGGUAAUUCUCUUCUUCCUAGGGUGCUUAGGUUGCUGGGGAGCCAUCCGAGAGAGCAAACAACUGCUUAUGAUUUUUUUGCUAUUGAUUCUGAUCAUUUUCAUCUUGGAGUUAGUUGCAGCUGUCCUUGCAUUAGUCUUCAGAAAACAGAUACGAAAGGAUUAUUUCUUAAAGGAAUUGCAGAUGAAAUACAAAGGAGACAAUUCCACAGAUGCAUUUUCAAAAACCUGGAAUGCCAUUAUGAUGGACUUUUCCUGCUGUGGUGUAAAUGGGCCUCAAGAUUUCGGACAGAAUUCCUCUUUUCACGAACUCUUCCCCAAUAUGCUGCUACCUGAAGCAUGUUGUAAGAAGAACAAUACAGUCCUUGUCUUCCUCGACAAGAAUAGAUGUUUUCAGGGAGAUGCUGGCUACAUAAACAGUAAGGGAUGUUUCUCAAUGAUUGCAGAGAAUUUUCGGAAUUAUGUUCAUCUGGUUGGAGCAUUCAGUAUAAUAGUGCUUUUAAUUGAGAUCUGUGUGGGAAAUGUUUAAUAAGGGGGCAGAAACAAGAGGCUUUAAAUUCAAGCUUGGCGCUAUGGCUUUUACUAUUUUUGUGUACCAGGCCUAUAACUAAUAAUGACCAUUGUCAGGCAGAAGACACAUACUAAUCAUGACUGAACAAACAAAGAGGAGAAAGCAGACAACAAGAAACACGUACUGGACAAUGACUGUGUGGAUGUGCAGAGCCAGCUGUGAUUUAGCAAGAAUGCAUUUAAAUGACAUGUGAAAUUGUUUGAAAAGGAAUGAAGCAAACCUUAAUAAUGAAAAUAAUGAAAAAGGACAGUCCAGCCAUUUUAUAUUGUCCACACAAUUAUUAUAAUUGUAAUUAUUAUAAUUAUAUUCUGUUUUGUCCUGUUAAGAAUGUGCUACUUAACCUUUUAACAGUGUUACUGCCCAUUUUGAAAUGGUUGUGUAAUGAGGUACAAAUGUAAUGUCGAGCUAAUUAUAUUACAGUGUAAUAGAUACGUAUUGUGAUAUGAAUAUUCAUAUUUCUUCUAUUUGUGAUAUCUCAAUUGUAUUUUUGACUUUAGAGAUGAAAGUUUGCAGCUUUCCUUUUAAUUUAUUAUACCCCUGUAGUUUGCAAUUUAAACCUCCCCUCAAUCCCUCUUCCCACCUUUGUGCUUUUGAAACAGGCAUUAUAUGGGUCACCUGAUUCAUUUCUGUUUUCAUGCAACUCCCAAAACCCACACCCCAAAUCCCACUCCCCACCAUUGUGCCAAUCCAUGCCAGCCCUCCUCCACCUGUCAAUGAAAAUUCACUUUGUUAACCUCCCCAUACCAAUGUGUUCGUUAGGGUAGAAGGUUGUUAUGUAAUGCUUGAUUUACGACAGCAGAUAACAUUAAUAUUAUUAAUACAGCAGUAACAAGCAACAACAACCCCAGUGUAUAUUUCCUGUUGUCAUUGUGGAAGCUGUGUUGUUUUCCAUGAACACUUUCUUAAUAGAGGGAGCUGUUCUAUUAUUGAGUCAUGCACUGGUCAUAUGUCACUUCCUUAGUUUGUGGAAGCUAGCUUUUCUGCCAUGUGUAUGUAAGGUGGCAUGGUGGUCAGUGGUUAUUACUGCCGCCACACAGCACCAGGGGCCCAGGUUCGAUUCCACCUCAGGUGACGAUCUGUGUGGAAUUUGCAGAUUCUGUCUGUGUCUGUAGGGGUUUCCUCCAGAUGCUCCAGUUUCCUCCCACAGUCCAAAGAUGUACAGGUUAGGUGGAUUGGCCAUGUUAAUUGCCACUAGUGUCCAGGGAUAUGGAGGCUAGGUGGGUUAGCCAUGGGAAAUGCCUGGUUAUAAGGAUGGGGUGGCUCUGGGUAGGAUGCUCUUAUGGAGGGUUGCUGUGGACUCAAUGGGCUGAAUGGCCUGCUUCCACACUGUAGAGAUGCUAUAAAAGGCAACAGUGAGGGAAUCACUUUUAUUAUAAGUGUUGAUAUUAUUUAUUGUGCUAUGCAAAUGGGAUCCUGUUCCCAAAGCUGGAGAGUCCUUCACAUACUGAACACUUUUUAAAAUAUCUAAUAAAAGAACUGGGCCAGAAUGAGUAAAUUCCACCGCUCACGGUGUGUAAUAGCAUUAAGAGUGGAUGUGUGAAACUUAUUAUUAUUUCCAGUGAAAUCAUCAAUAAUGUCUUUUGAAUAAUUAUCACAACUUUUUUUAAUGAUCUGUGCACCAGAGCUGGAACACUUGAGUAUCUGAUAACAGAGUCAUCAAAUGGACUUUUAUCAACUUAGAACACACCAGAUGAUGGUACAAUGCUUCUCUUUUCUUACAGCAACUUGCCUAUAAUUCGGUUAACUUAUGAUAUCUUACUUCUGACCUAUUGCCAUUUUUAAAAAACAGACAUUUCUCCAGUCCAUUCAAACUAUUGGAGAUUCUGAAUGUAUGGGCCAAUAGCACAUACAAUACAAACCCCAACUUUAUAAGCACACAUACUGUUAGGGCCUGCAGCUUGGGCUAUUAUAGAACUUCUCCUACACUCAAUUCCAUAUAUUACAUUUUACAUCAUCUCUAUCUAACAGCACUGGGUCAUCAUCUAGAGUGGUGGAAAUCAAUUCAAAGUAACCAUUGUUAAAUUCAACCAUAUACUGAAACCCAACCCUAUCUUGAAACUCAACCCAUAAGUGUCCUGCAGUGACCCUAUAUCUUGCUAUCAGUUAUCCAUGAACUUCAUUUCCACUAAUAGCAAGUGAGCGAUCUAUUACUAAUGUCCAUGGAUCAGAAAUUCAGACUAAUAUUCUGGAGAUGUGAGUCAAAUCCCACCAUUGCAGCUGAUGGAAUUUAAAAUCAGUUAAUAAAAUCUUAAAUCUAAAGCAAGUCUCAGUAAUGGUGACCAUGAAACUAUCAUUGAUUGUCAGACAAAAAAACAUUAGUUUACUGAUAUUCUUUAGGGAAGGAAAUCUGCCAAACCUACAAUGUUUGGUCUACAGAUAUCUCCAGAUCCACGACAAAGUAGUUGGCUCUUCACUUAAAUGACCAGCAAGUUACUCCGUUCAACAGGCUUUAGGAAUGGGAGACAAAUGUUGGACCGGUCAAUGGUACUCAAACAAUAAAAAAUAACAACAAAUUUUGAUGCCCUCAACUGAAUGGUGUGCCCUAGAAACACAUGAAAAGACUAUCAUAAGCCAUUGUCCUGUCCUUGGACAAAAGAUACAUGAUGAUAUUGAUGAUGAUGAUGAUAACAAAAUUAAUUCGGUUUUAUUACUGGUUUGAAGUUAUUUAUGGGCCCGUUUUUACCAAGUCUUCAAAAAGCGAAAAAGAAAGAAGGCUUUACAUGAGAAAAAUACUGUAAUCAUAAUUUCAUACUGCAAUUGCAAACUAUUAUAUUUUAUUAUAUAAGUGCUAACUAAAUUCACUGUCAGUUGUUUAAAAAAAUUACUGCUCCCAUUCACUUGAUUUUGCUAUUCA